UUACACCUCGCUUUCGCAUGAGACUGCUACGAUUCGCGUCGUUUCAUCCGACAGAUACCAGAAGUUGUUCGGUGGUUGGAAGCAUAGAACAUAAUCAUCAUCGGGUCUCCUUCUGACGGUAGGAUCUUCCGCUGUGUAAUAGUAGAUAUCAGUGAUCCCUGGACACUGCCAGCUUUCACUGUAAAAAAAGUGGUAAAUGCAUAA